AUGGCAGGCACACGGUUGACUGACAUGGACAUUCAGAUUGCAUCGUCGUCCUUCAUUGCUACCGGUCUCCUAUAUGAAUAUACACACAGUCACUUGGAACGAAAGCUCCCAAAAUGGGACUGUUUUCCACAAACUCUACGUAACCGGAUGUGCAUCGAGAUUGCCUGCAUUCCUGUCCGAAUAGGCCUCAUCUACUUUUCUCUGCCCUCGGUUCUCUUAGCCUUUACGCCAUCGUCCAACUGGACGGCCGAUGAUACACAGCGCUCACUGAUUGCCUGCUCGUUAAUGACCGGCGCCUAUUUAUUCGACUUGAUGAUAUACAGAGAGGACUUCUUCGGAAUCCUCCAUCACUGCAUGGGUCCUGCACUAUUAGUCUGGACAAGGCUGUGUUUCUCUUCGUUCACGCCGGCCGAUGCAUUGGUAUCUCGGAGCUUGAUGAUGUUCAUAUUCUUCGGUGCGGCCACAGGAGGUGUGUUCGCCAGUGCUGGAGUCUUCCUUCUACGAGUUGGGAAGAGAUACUUGGAACGCGGCACACUAUACAAAUAUUUCGCGAUUUGCGUCGCGGGUUUGACGGUUACUACGGUACUGAGCUGCUACCUCAACGUUCUCUACUUUCUGCACACAUGGGACGCAGCCUACGUUUACUUCGGCCUGGCUGCUCCGCUACCCAUCAUCUGGGAGACAUUUGAGUGCUAUUUGCAGUGGCGGUGGCUGCUACGAUUCUACAGCAUUGAAGCCAAACUGUGUCGAGGAGACCGUAGACCGAAAGAUUUCUCAGAUGAAUCUGAAUCUACCUCAGAUGAAGCUGUUAUCGAGUACAAGAUACCCUCCGCAUUUCCCCGAGGGACUGUGUUUAUGCUGCAAGUUCUUGUUUGGCAAUGGGUUGUACUGCUUCUCUGGCUGUAUUUUAAAUUUGCAAAGGAGUUGUACUUGCGCCAAUCAUUUUUGCCUAUUCGAUUCGCAUCCCGAAUGGAAGAAAUGGUCCAGAAUACUACGAACUGGUAG